AUGGAGAGUUGUGGCCGGAGCAGUCUGAGCUUCAUAGCUUCAAGGCCGUUCCAUCUCCAAUCAUGUGACCGUCUGUUCCCCUCUCUUAGCCUAAUUCAUCUCAAGCGCAGGCUCUCUCUCUCCAUCACCUCCUUUUCCUCGCAGAUUCGACCUGCUCUCUGCGAGUCAGAUAAUCGAAAUCCCCUGCCGCGGGGUGCGGGAGAAGGAGUCAAGGAAGAUGCGAGGAGUAAGCUGCUUCAAGUAGUCUUAGUCUCUCCCCAGAUUCCUGGAAAUACAGGUUGCAUCGCAAGAACAUGUGCGGCGUCAGCUGUUGGCCUGCAUUUAGUCGGGCCUUUAGGUUUUCAAGUGGAUGACGCGAGAGUCAAGCGAGCUGGAUUGGAUUAUUGGCCCUAUGUGGUUGUCAAAGCGCAUAGCUCGUGGGCCGAGUUUCGAGAAUAUUUCAGGCAACAGGAGGGAGAAAAACGGAUGAUAGCUUUCACUAAAAGAGGAACAAAGAUCCAUUCAGAAUUCUCUUACCGAAGAGGCGAUUACCUCCUCUUCGGGUCAGAGACAAGCGGUCUACCUCCUGAAGCGCUCUCAGACUGCAAAAGCGAAACAUAUGGAGGUGGUACCAUACGUAUUCCCAUGGUAGAAACUUAUGUGAGAUGUCUGAAUCUCUCCGUGAGUGUAGGGAUUGCUUUGUAUGAAGCGUCCAGACAGCUAAAUUAUGAGCAAAUUGAGUGUGCACCUCAAGGCUGUGUGAAUGGUGAAGAAGCUUUGUUCACAGAGGAUAUCUUUGCGUGA